UCCCUCUCUCCAGGAGGCUUUUUGGGUCACAGGGCAGCUCCAAGCCUAAUGCAUCCUGGAGUUCUGGCAUUUUCCACUCUUCACUGCAAGAUGAACGACUCCCAUACUUCUGCAGGUCUCUGAAAGUCCUUCAGUGUGCUGGAAAAGCCCCCGAAGGAGGGAAGCUGGGCUGAGACUUCUGCAGGAUCACCGUGGGGGGCAGCUAGGGUGAAGUUCUGGUCAGCCAAGGAGGGGAUGGAGCCCCACAAGCCACUGAAGUCUGACAGCCUUGUAGCCACCGAGCAGCAGCAGCCACCACAGCAUGGCUUGGAGGAAGCUGCCAGCUCCAGAGAUGUGGUGGCCCUCAAGAAGUCCUCCACACCAAGCAGGACUUCUGUGUCCAGUAGAGCCUCCAAAUCCAGCAGGACCUCUGUGUCCAGCAGGAUUUCUGUAUCCAGCAGAACUUCCACAUCCAGCAGGACCUCCAUAGCUAGCAGGACCUCCAAGAGAUCUACCCAGCAGUGCAUGAUCCUGAUGGCUGAGACAUACCCACCCAGGCAGGAGGUGCGCAGGACAGGCAUGCCAAAAGUAGACAAAGCAAUUCAGACCCCCCGGUCCUUUGAUGCAUCACUCAACAAACAGCGCACUCGGCUCAAGAAGAAAAUUAAAAGCAAAGACAUGAGCAGCAACCAAGAUCAACUGCAAGCCUCAAGGGACAGCAAUGCCAUGGAGAUCUUUCCCCAGGCAGAGGGGCACAGGACCCCCAGCCCCCCCGAGGUCACACCCCAGCACAGGAGGAGCAAGGUCUCAUCCAACACAUGCACGAACGCUGAUGAGGAAGAAUGGGAGGACCAGGCUGUGCUGGAGGUGGAAGGGUAUGAGGCUGAUGUUCACAGCCCAGGCACUGUCAUGGGAGACAGCCAGGGGAUCUGCCCUGCAGAGGAGGAGAUGCAGAAGGGGCUGAAACACACUCAGGCUCACGAAGGCAGAGAGGUGAAACCAAGCCUGCUUCUGGAGGCUGACGGAAGCUUUCACAAGGAAGGAAAGCAGGUCGAUGUAGGAGAGCUGAAGCCUCACCCAGCCCCUAUGGAAAUGCGUUUACUGGACGUUGAUCACCAGCAGGCGCUGGGGGGUGUGAGUAUGGAUGGGGAUGCAGCCAGCAGUCAGGACCCCAACUCCGGUGUGGGCACUGGUGAGGUCAUCUCAGACAGAGAGGAGAUGCAGCAGAUCAUCAGACACACUGCAGAGGACACAGAUUUCAGGGAUAGUCAGGGCUCUGACCCUGCAGAGGAGCUGGAUCCUGCUGUGAAUGCAUCUCUUGUAGGAGGUGAGGAAAACAUUCAAGACCUCGAUUUCAUCCUGGACCCCACAGACAGCAAGGUUCACCUGAGGAGCCUGAUGCAUGAAGCCUUGAGACACAUGGAAGGUGCUGUGAACAUGAAUCUGAGUAAAUCCAUGAAGGCAGGGAGGAAGGUUCAGCAAACACCCAUGGGAGAAGAGGACAAUGAUGAUGUCAGUCGUGAGGGUUCCAUCCUGGCUGCCCUGAGUGUCCACUCAACCCAGGAGGAGCUGAAAGAGGCACAAGUGGAUGAGAAAGCUGCUCUUGCUCCUGGCCAUGCACCCCAAACCUGUGUAGCAACAGAGCUUCCACCAAAGAAGAAGGUGUUAAAUCCCCUUGAAACAGAUACAGCCAGUGAACUCACAGAGAUCCCUCAGACAAGAGUUGAGAGUGAAGCAGUGAAGAACAUGACAAAGAAACAGCAGAAAGCAUUCUCCGAUGCUUUCAACUUCUUCCCCAAAGACCUGGAUGGCAAUAUUAACCUUCAGAACCUGGAGGUGCUUGCUAAGCAGCUGGGAAUUAGCUUUGAUGGGCAAGAGGCACACAAGAAGCUGGUGUGUGCAGAUGCUGAUGGAGACAAAGCAAUGAAUUUCUCUGACUUUCUGACCUUCAUUACUGACAAGAAUUGUUUUAUCCAGACAAUAUUCCCUGACAAAAACGACUCAGGCAACUUCGAUCAUGUCGAUGCCAGAGGAAUCCUCCUCCUCAAAGUCUUGCUGAAGCUGGUGGAGUUGGAAGCUCUGCCCCAGAGAACUCUAUUUCAGAUUUCCAGUUACUACCAGCAGAAGUUUAGGGACUGCACUAGUGAGAAAGCCUGGACACAUGCUGAUUUCUUCGUGAGUCACAAAAAGAACAACAAAAACAGGAAAGUUCUGGUUUAUCCUUUGUCUUCCUUUCUAAGUGCUGCCCGCAUCUCACUGAAGAAGGAAAGAGAGGCAAGAGCUUAUUUGGAGCAACUCAGAGAAAAAGCGUCCAAUUCAGAGAGCCCCUAUGCUCAGGUACCUGUCUUCCCACUGAUUUCUAAACAAGAUGCAAAGACACUGGUGAAGCCAAAAAAAGACAUGCAAAAGCAGACAAAGCAGAGAAAGAAAGAGCCAGUACCUUCAAAGGAGACCCGCUUCAGCAGUAAGAAAAAACAGGUUCAGAAGACUGCAGCCAAGGCUUCUGCUCAGAGCAGCAAGAAGAAAUGCUCCCCUGCCAUCAACUCAGAGCACCCAAACAAACGACGUCACCCACCAACAGCCAGCAAGGGCAAGGCACAACCACGUGAGGCACAGGUGGCCCAACGCUACAGGCGCAACCUGGCUCUCCGCAAGCAGGCCAGCCUGCUCAAGCUGUGGCAGAAGAUCAACGGGGCUCAGAUCGGACAGCAGACGGGCAGCAAGCGCUUCCACUACACUUUCUCCACGUACUCCUGGUCCUGGAACGCGUGCAGAGAGCUGCUGACAGCCGAGGAGCUGCAGGCACAGGACGGCCGGCAUUGCCGCUUCCCGCCAGCCACCAGGCAGCCACCAUGGAAGAAGUGGCUGUUUUAGGGCACUGGAGGCUGGUUUGGAUCGGACUUGCUGUCACCCUUCCUCCUGGCGUUCAAAAUGUGAAAUAAAAGCUGGGAAAG